CGCCGCCACGUAAAUUCACCGCUUCUUCCAAGGUUGGUCUCCAAUUGCGAACAGCCGAGCUUCAAGCGCUGUUCUCCGAACCUCUGCAAAGCGCCUGAAAUACGAGCCGCAAAUUUACGGAAUGCUUCGUGGGAGCAAUACCCCGCGAGUUGUUCCUGGCCGACCCCUGCACCGCUCCCGCUGCCUAGCCGUCGUUCCCCGGCGCCGGGUUUGCCCCAUGCAGUAACCCUUGACGAUAGCUUCAUCGACGUCAAUCAUUAAACAGUCCAGCUGCGCACUCCAUCGCAUCACCGACUUCACAAGACACUGCCACUGUCACGCCCUCCAACUAUGCCGCCCCUCCCACGCCCUCGCCGCAUCGUCGGCGUCAGCCUGAAGAUGUACUUCGACCUCCAGAGCACGCUCUCCUACGUCCGCGGCGUCCUACAGCUCGACGGCGAUGCCUGGAACGCACGCGUAGACCUCUUCGUCAUACCAGACUUCGUGACUCUGAUGGAGUCGGCGCGGAUACUGGAGCCGUCGUCUGUUAUGCUCGGCGCGCAGGACACAUUCUGGGAAGACAAGGGCGCAUAUACGGGCGAGGUGUCCCCGCUAGUGCUCCGGCAAGCCGGCGCGCGCAUCGUGGAGAUUGGGCACGCUGAGCGCCGAGCCAUGUUUGGCGAGACAGACGAGUGGGUGGCGAAGAAGGCGGGCGCUGCGGCGCGGAAUGGGCUCAUACCGCUGGUCUGCAUUGGAGAGCGAACGCAUCACAGCGUUGCUUCGGCAGCUGUGGGAAUGGCUAUCGAGGAGUGCAAACCCCAGGUCACGUCUGUUCUCGCUGCCGUGCCCGAUGACGUUGAGGUUAUCCUGGCAUACGAGCCGGUAUGGGCUAUUGGCGCUGCCGAACCAGCGGACCCAGAUCACGUCGUCAAUGUGACGAAAGAGCUCAGGAAGCUGGCCGCUGGUCGAACCGGCACGACGAGGAUAGUCUAUGGUGGCAGCGCGGGACCAGGCACCUUUGCGAAGAUAGUCGAAGGCGUCGAUGGCCUGUUCCUAGGCCGGUUCGCGCACGACAUUCAUAAACUGCAGAAAGUCAUUCAGGAGGUAGGCGGGGCGUAGUCACGGAUUUUAUCAUGGAUCUUUCGCUCCGCACACCUCCUCUCGCAAUUCGACAGCUUCGGAUAUCUUAGCGUGCUAUGCUGCAAGAAGUCCGCAGCCCAUCUUCUCAGUUGAGCAUCACCCAUUUGAGCUAUAUUGGCGGCAUCAGUCUUUCCAGCACCCGCACGAGCCUUCUUUCCAUAAUGGCUCCAAUUUCCACAUUUCAUCUUCCGCAUGUCUAGCAUACUCAAACACCUCUUCAAGACCAUCAUCUCCAUCUCUGAUACCAUGUUCUCAAGCCUGCCAUCCGGCUCCACGCGAGCAAGAUCGAGGAGAAGCUAUACAGAAGGAUGCAUUGAUCGCAUCUAGCUCAU